AUGACAACCGGCUUUGAGGAUCUACCUGUCGUGAUUGUUCCUGACGAGGAGGAUUUGGUUCCAUCAUCGUCGUCUUUGGAGGAGGAGAUGAUGUUUCAGGAAAAGCCUCAAACAACAAAUCUAGCGACUCCCUCCAAAAAUCCCACUUCUCCUGUCACUAGUACUGAUGACGAGGAUGAUGACAAUGGCUGCAGAGUUGUGACGCCCGAUAGCGCUGAUGGCAAAGGGAGUUUGGGGUCGCAAUCAUCGGGAGAUACUUGCAGUGAAACCAGCGUAGCUUCCAGCAAUCUGGCAUCGGAUAUUCUCUUUGGGAAGCCAACAAAAGAUCAAGCCAAGAAGGGCAUCGUAGAAUCGUUUGAAGAGGAGGACGAAGAAGAUGACGACGAUGAGGAAGAUGAUGAAGACGACAACAAUCCGGUGCUUGACGAGGAGAAGGUUGCUGCUCAGGAGGAAGAACAGGAAGUUGGAGAACUCACCUUAGAUGCAGUUGCCACAGAAGGAUCCCAAGAAGAAUCAGUAGAUUCUAGAGUGUCUGAGGAGGAGGAAGAGGUCAAAGAAGCGGCACAAACUCCAGUGGAGGAUGAAAAAGGAAACGAACCUGUUCCGAAAGAAAGCAAACCGGUGGAAAAUGACACGACAGCGACAACCACAGGACAAACAAUCCCGGCAGAGCCCCCUGGCAACAAGCUCGAAAACAGUUCAUCCACGGAAGAAGAACCCCAAAAGCUUCAUUGCGUCACGAGCAGCACUCCGAAUAUUAUCAUGGAUGAUCUUCCAUCACCACCCCUUCGUACCAACCGUGUAUCCCUGACGGCGGCUGCAUUUGAUCGACCGUCUCCCAUUACCACACCUCGUCGGACUUCGGCCGUCGGGACUGGACUCUCGGAAUUGAGCAAACAACUGCGUGUUCUGCAGGCCAAAAAUAAGCAUUUGCAAUCGGAAAUGGAACGCUGUCAACGACAACUCAAAAUCAUGUCCGAAAGCAAGGGAGUCUCGGUGAUUGAUGUCCUGGCCAGUUUGGAAUCCGCGUGUGCCACGGAGGCUCAUGCCGAAUUGCAAUCACAAAUUGCGAGUUUGCAGGCGCAACUGGAAGCUCUCAAAUUGGGCAAAUCUCCUCCCCGGGGGUCCGGUGGUGUGGCCAAGGCGACGCAACUGGCGCACGAGAGCCUCAAACAGCAAAUUGCCUCGUUGCAGUUGCAAGUUGGAGAGCAUGAGGAAAUGGAAGCAAAAUUCAAAGAAGAAACCAAAGCACUCUAUGCACAAGUCCAGACACACCAGACCAAGGCAACCACGUUGGAAGCCACGUGUGCACAACAAGCGUCUCUCUUGGGAUUGGAGAGUGCUCGGACGACGGCAUUGGAAGCCGAAGUCAAGGCGCUUCGAGAAGAACGUGACAUGCUCAAAGAAAAGCAAACCAAACGCAUGGCGGAAUUCUGGCAGCAUACGUUGCACAAGAGCUGGUCUAUUGAUGAGAAUGAUUAUAUGAUGGACAAUGCCAUGGGUCUCUACCACAACGACAGCAAGAACAGCAAAGAAGCAGUGGCGCAAGCUCUGGUCGAUGGGGCAUCCGACAAGCCAAGCGACUUUAAUGCUUCGCGAUUGCCAAACAGUCCACCUGACAAUACUUCUGCUGACAACGAAUCGUUUGCAGACGUGAGCACCAUCAAGUCGUCAGAGUUCAAGCCUUUGUCGUCUAAAGGUGGUCGUCCCAGCCUGUGCCGAACCUACUCAGACCCUGCUCUUUGGAGUCAAGAUCCUGACAUGAAGGCUAACAUGCCGAAAGCUUUCGUGUCGUCCAUGAUCCCACAGUAUUCCAAAAAGUACAAACAAUGGAACUACGAUGUCGCUGAUGAUACUCAUCGAUCCAAGCGGUACGUGAAGCAGAGUGCCAAAAACAUGGAGCUAGAGGUAUUGUGCCGUCAUCAACAACAAACUAUCCAGGAGUUGCAGAACGAUCAGUCCAGGGAUACGGCAAAAUGGGAAAAACUCGAACAGGCAAGAAAUGCUGCAGAGGCCCGUCGCAGCCUCAUUGAGCAGCAGGUCAAUAAACUCGAGCUCGAUUUGCGGCUAGAAAGCGAUCAGGCCGAGUCGUUGCGAGCGCAGUUGCACAGAAGGGAGGAAGAGUUUUCUCUCAAAAAGGACCAAUUGAAUAGUCGCCUCCAAGUUCACCAGGAGCGAAUCGUGGACGUCGAAGGGCAACUGUCGAGUCUCUACGUUGCCUACGAACUCCUUCAAGAAGAUCGAGAGGAGGAACAACAGGAGCAAGCCCAGCUCAAGAGUCGCUUGAUCGAUGCGGAUACAAUGCUGGCAAAGGAAAUCUCGGAAAAGACAAAGACGGGUGGUGACGCCAACGUUGCUCAUGACAUAUCGCAGCAAGAGUUUCGCGAAUUGCAAGAUCAGGAUGUCUCUGAGAGCAGCGCCGCUUCCUAUCGAUCCACCGGUGAAGCAGCGAAUCUUCGAAAGAGUGCGGGUUUGUUGAUGCCGUCACCAUCACCUAAACGAACUAGCCGCCGAAGUCUGUUCUCAAAAGGAAACAGUGCUUCGGUGCUUGGCCUUCCGAAGUCGCCCCCCUUUGCUUCUGGAUCCCGCCGAGCAUCGACCGGAGGUCCGGGGCUGCCUCCAACGGGGCCAACAUCGAAACGUCGCUCCAGCACUGGAUCUUCUGCCGUGGGCGAUCCCCCACCGCCUCCAGGGACCACACUGGUCAAGGGCUACCUGUUGCAUCAGCAGCCCCGAAAGAAAAAACUCUUGCGAGGCGAGAAACCUCCUGCUUGGAAGCGUAAAUAUGUGGUGCUCAAGCGUGGAGAUGGACCUGCUGGGGCUGGCUCCUAUUGUUUUUGGUACGGCGAUGUUCCGCAGGGCAAAGUGCGUGGCACUGUCCCCCAUAUUAUCCGAGGCAUCUCCACAGUUUCCUUUGGAGGGAGCAUCACGUCCGACCCAGAGAAUAAGCCUCACAGCUUCUUCUUGCGCAUCAAUCCUUCGGAUCCCGAUGCGCCUGUGGCCCACUUUGCAGCGUUUUCGUCUGUGGAGUUGGAACCUUGGAAGAACGUCCUAAAAAUUGCUUUGGACGUGGACUUCCACAAGCUCUCGCUGGAAGAGCAGCAACGUUCCCAAGCGCUCAUGUCCAAUGCUGCGUCAAAAAACUAUCAGAUGUGAGUUGGUAAUGGUGGUUUGGCAAACACAACAAAGUUCAUUGAACUCGAUAGCUGCUGGACACACAAGGGCUAAACGACAAGGGAAAAUACAGAGAGCAUGUCUAGCCAGUGGAUACCAGCAAGGUAGUGAGGGGAGCAGUCUUUCAGAUGAGCAUGAGCUAUUGCAAACAACAGUACUAGAUCCAAAGGCUGCCACACUACCUACGGCAAAUACAAAGAUG